CACUCACAAGCACCACUAUUUCUAUCUAUGAGUAUAUCUCUGUUUCUCCAAUUCAACACCGCUCACUCUGUUUUGCUUCACCUUACUCUCUUUUUAGCCAUUAGGCUUCCCUUACAUGCACCAUCAUCACAGAGCAAUUGCAAUGCUUCCCCCCUUAAGCAAACCAACAAGUUUCCAUUCCUUCUUUUUUGGUUUUACUUUUACCUAUCUCUCUUCCCCUCAUACACCCCUGAAUCCAUAGAUGACUGACCAUGCAAACGUUGCUGCAUUUCAGGCAUUUCUCCAAGGGUGGAUGGUGCGGCAAAGAGCCUUUCUUGACGAGCUUCUUUCAGCUCAGCAGCACCUUCAAGAGUUGCAGGAUGCUGAUAUGAGGCAACUGAUCAACAGGGUCCUCUGCCACUAUGGACAGUACUAUGAAGAGAAAUCAAGGAUUGCCCACCAAGAUGUUCUGCUUGUUUUCUCACCUCCAUGGUUCAGUUCAUUCGAGAGAUCAUUCCUUUUGGUGGCGGGGUUCAAGCCUGGAAUGACGUUUCAGGUGGUGAACUCAUCUGUGGCUGACUUGUCAGGAGAGCAGAGGCAGAGGUUGAGUCAGCUGAGGCAAGAGACCAAGAGGGAAGAGAGGGACCUCAACGAUGAGCUGGCUAAAGUUCAGGAGGGUGUGGCGGCGCCACCGCUUGUGGAUUUGGCUAGAAGCCAUGGCAGGGUGUGUUUGAGUAGGUCCUUCAUGGCAGAGGAGGGUGUUGUGGUUCCAAGCAGUUUCAGGGAGGUACUGGAGAAUCUUGUGGAAAAAGCAGAUGCUUUGAGGUCAAACACAGCUUGGAAAGUUGUGAGGAUUCUCAGACCAGCUCAGAUUAUCAACUUUUUGGUUGCUGUGGCUGAGCUUCAAAUCAGGAUCAGGUCUUGGGGGUUGGAUAAGGAUGCCCAAGAUGGAGGCCAAGGAUGAAUGAAUAGAAGGCUUUUCUUCUUAUGUCUAUUAAUAAUUUUCCUUUUUCUAUGGAAAAUGUUGAUUGUGGGAAGAGAAGAGAGAAGUAAUGAAUGUGAUAUGAGAUGUAAAUUGGAAAAGAGGUGAGAGAUAAGAAAAAAUUGAUGUUUAUGUAUGGUGUCUUUACUGUUUUAUGUCUCUGUUUUGAGUCUAGGUAUCAUAUCUGUUGAUUUUUUUUUUCAAUUUGGUUUGAGUUGUGAGAUACAUGGACCUUAGCAGCUAGCAUCAAUGAUGAUGAGCAUUGUGCAGUGUGCACUCAGGAUUUGAUGAUAAGCUGGUGGUGUUUUCCUCCUGAUGUUGUUUCUCUCCCUUUCUGAAGUUUCUUCGAUGAGCAUAGAGCUUUGAUGGGCAAGAUCAGGCCAUGCAGUGCAUGCUUUAUCUAGAAGCCAUAGCCUCACUUCAACAUCAAUAGGUUCAGUACCUAUUUGAGAAAGCAUUCCAGGAACUCCACUCAAGCAGCUGCCCCAGAUUUCAUGACCUAUUUUCUAUAUUUACUAUAAUAGAUAUUUGUUUCUCUUGUGAUAUAUCAAGAAAUGUUUUUGAGUUGGUUGUACAAGGUGUGGAACCUUAAAAGUCACUUUUAUAGUAUGUUUGCAUUAGCUACUCUUUCCUCAUAAUUAAUUUUGAACUGCUCACAGAAGCAUCUUUAUAUAAUUGACUCUGGCUGAAAAACAGGCUCUUUUUUGUCCUUUCCUCAUUACACGGUUCAUUCACACUGCAAGAGAAGGAGAAUGCCAAAAGCCCAAGCCAUCAACCAACAAAAGAAAAAGAGCAGAUG